GCACACACACCCCUCGUCUUGCAUUUUUACACCCCCCCUCUCUUCAUAAACCACAAUGUCUAUGCUCUAUUUUACACCACUAACGGUACUGUUACUGUUAGCCGUUACCACCACCGUCAACUCAUGCCUUCCAUCAGAACUUGCAGCACUAAAUGCCUUCAAAUCAUCACUCCGUGAACCCAACACCGGCGUAUUCAACUCAUGGACCGGAACCGAUUGUUGCCACAAUUGGUUCGGCGUCUCUUGUGACGAAAACACCCGCCGUGUUGCCGACAUAAACCUCCGUGCCGGUACUCUCUACACCACCUUUGAAAAAGCACACCGUCCUGGCUAUAUGACUGGUCAAAUCUCGCCAGAGAUUUGUAAACUAACUCAACUCUCCAGCAUUAUAAUCACCGAUUGGAACGGAAUCUCCGGUGAGAUUCCUCGUUGCAUUUCAUCUCUCUCUUUUCUCCGAAUCAUAGACCUUGCCGGAAACCGUAUCUCCGGCACUCUUCCCUACGACAUUGGAAAACUUCGACAUCUUUCUCGUUUAAGCCUCGCUGAUAACGUCAUCACCGGUGGAAUCCCACGCUCAUUAACCAAUAUAACUAGUUUGACUCAUCUCGACCUCCGUAAUAAUCGGAUCUCAGGAUCUAUCCCACUGGGUUGUGGGAAACUUCAAAAUUUGGCCCGAGCUUUAUUAAGCGGUAAUCAAUUACAUGGCCCCAUCCCGAGUUCAAUUUCUAAAAUUUACCGUCUCUCGGAUUUGGAUCUUUCUAACAACCAAUUAUCUGGGUCCAUUCCAGAAUCAUUGGGCCUAAUGUCAGUUUUGGGAACCCUGAAGCUUGAUACAAACAAGCUUUCGGGAAUAAUUCCAAAAAGCCUUUUAAGUUCGGGGAUAAGUGAUUUGAAUUUAAGUCAUAACAUGUUGGAAGGUAACAUACCCGAUGGAUUUGGGGGUAGGUCUUAUUUUACUUCAUUAGAUUUUUCCUAUAAUAACCUCAAGGGUCCUCUACCUAAAUCAAUAUCUUCAGCUUCUUACAUAGGUUACCUGGAUUUGAGCCAUAAUCAUCUAUGUGGUCCAAUUCCUAAAGUUUUGGAUAAUCUUGAUGCGUCGUCGUUUGAGUACAAUGCUUGUCUUUGUGGAAAACCUCUCAAAGCUUGCAAAGUUAAUUAAUGUUUGUCAUCAAUGUGUCUGAUUGGUUAUUACUUUAUUAAUUUCCUCUCUUUUUUUAUGUAAUUUGAUUUUGUAAAAUAAAAAAUAGAAGAAAUUCAUUGUAACGUUUGAGCACAUGAGUGUCAGUUUGACAUAUUUUGCAUGAAUUUGAAUUAAUCCCAUAACGCGUUAAUGAAUUAUUACUCCACUCAUA